GUCUUUUCCUUCAUUGUGCUUCAUAAAUGAAUAAACUAUCUUAUUAACUGCUUUCCACAGCUCCUCACAGUACAGUUAACUUAUUGUGGCCCACAAUUCUCAAACCUUGUGCUCCUAUAAAAACCUGCCCUUAACUUAAAACCUCAUCUGCAAACUAAACUAAAGCUUCUCUCCAAAUAUAUUAUCUAUCACCUUCAAAUACAGUCAAUCAUGAUUUCAUCAGAGGCUGCAGCAAUCCACUACUUUGCUCCAGAAAACAACCCCUCAUCACUUCCCAUUGAUUUCAGCUUCAUGCACAAAAACUUACCAGCAUUCCAAUACAACACAUUCUUAACAAACAACAAUAUACAAAAUUAUAAUCAGGCCUCUUUUCCUGUUCAAGACUUGAGUACACAGCCCUCUUGCAUCAGCAGUAACUCGACCUCAGACGAAUCGGAGGAGCAACAAAAACGAAAGCAGAGGCGAAUGGUAUCUAAUAGGGAAUCAGCUAGAAGAUCAAGGAUGAGGAAGCAGAGACACCUUGAUGAGCUAUGGUCCCAAGUUCUUCGCCUUCGAACAGAGAAUCAGAAUCUGAUGAAUAAACUAAACCAAGUCACAGAAUCUCAUGACAGAGUCAUUCAGGAGAAUAUGCAGCUCAAGGAAGAGGCUUCUGACCUUCGUCGGAUGAUCAUUGACAGUCCUUUUCAUGCUUUCAGUGACCUCGACACUGCUCAUCUCAAGGCUGAAUCAUCAAACCAAUCCACUACAUAGAAUUUACUUAUCUGAAAAUGAGUUGUUUACUGACUUUAAGGAUUCAGAGAGGAAAGGAAGAAAAAAUGAGAGUGAGCUGGAGAUAUUUUCUAAGUUUUUCCUUCUUCAUGUUGUUAAUUCUCUUUUACCUGAAUGCAAACAUGAGUCUUUAAUUCAUGUGCUCAUGAGUUAUGAGUA